AUCUCCCAAUAUGCAGAGCUCCGCCAAUAUAAGAGAAGGACGAUGAUGAGGCUUUCCCUUGUACUUUUUCAAAUCAUCAUCAGCAGGAAGGAAUUUAGUGUCAUGCUUUGACAUGUGGUUCUUUAUAUGAAUCGUCAAGUGAGUAGGUCCAUUUCCGUGCUAUUAGAAAUAUAUGGCAAACUUAUUGGUAAUGGUAAACUUCAUUGUAAACAAGGACGAAUCACUGCAUACAUGAGAUGAUUGAUUUCUGACGAUUUAUGAUCUCUCCCCGUUGCGAUAGAUUCUCGAAGAGGCGGCGAAAAUAGGGAGCAAGUAUAUGCAUACACUAGGACGAUUGAUGUGGAACUAUUGAAAGAACAGUUGGCGCCAUUGUAUUAGUUCGAUUUUUCUUGGAAUUGGAGAAGACUGUUGUUGUAUUGCUAAGCUAUAACAAGAACAAGUCAUAGGACGAGCAGGAGUAACCGAUUUACAUCGUUAAAAAAUAUGGCUACUUCGAACAAGAACAAGGACGCUACGUAGAAGUACUUUGGAGCUUACAAAAACUUUGAAGAAUUCACUUGCUACGGGAUUAUCCUUUACUUUUUAGACCUGUUGUAUUAGUAUUAUCAAUCUAAAAGUCACCUAAUCAUCUAACGGACUUUAUAGAAGAAGCUUUAAUAAAUCUUCAUUGAUCUUCAUCAUAACAAGGAAAAAAAGAUGUCGUCACUCACUCGGUGGAGCAAGUCUUUUCGCAACAACAAGAUGGGACUAGUGCUACUUUUGUCCUUUGGGUCCGUUUGCGUGGUUGAGGCCUUGCGUCCAGGUCGUUCUUCUUCCGGCAAAAGUAGACAGCGGAGUCCGUUUGCACCAGGACCAUCACUAAUUGUUGGCCCAGGUGACUUGUCUUACAUGAGUGGAGCACCAGUACUAGGGCUCCUGGCGCCACGAGUAAACGAAUCCUCUGGUCGGCCAGUUGAGGACACAGAUCCCGACGAAAAGCGUCGUAGCACGGCUUUCGAUCUCGCGAUUAUGUUCAGCUUUCAUUCAUCUUUCUCAGCAUCUCGCUCUAGCCUUUUCCAUGAAAUUGGAGAUAGAGAUCCGGGAUGAAUAAAAGCCGACUCUAACGAAAUUAAAGAUGCAGAAGAUAUGCCAAUUUGCGGGCCAGCUGAUCUACACACUCAAGCGACACUGCUAGUUAAGAGUUGUUGUCUUCCAAACUCAACAUAGGCCACGACAAAGGACGUGGAUGAGCAGAAUUCUUCUACUGAAGGCUUAGUUAUCUGUAUCAUGUAAUCUUCUUCUAAGAUAGCCGCGCUGAAGGAAGCGAAGGUAGAGGAGGAAGCACGAAGAAAAGAGGAGGAAAAACAGAUGAAGGAACGCAAGCGAAAGGAAGCGAAAGCGAGAGAAUUGGGCUGGAGAAGGUUCCGCGCGAGUCAGGAAUUGAGAGUUAAGGUGCUUGUUAAGAAGUAGUGUCCAAAUUAUAACAUCCUACAUGUUGUAAAGGAGCUCUAGUAGAUGAAGUCUUAAAAGAGGCGAGUAGCUGACUGAAAUUACAGAGUCGCCACGCUGUUCUUCUUUCUGUAUCUCGGUUAUUCAAAGUAGGCGCUUGCUUAUUUCAGUUUGUCGAAUAGAUGAAUGUGAAGUAGAGUCUGCAGCGCUCUCCUAUUUGUUUAUUCAACGAGAACAGCCACAAGCGCUAAAAAAGAACAGGCGGCUGAGCAGCAGAAACUAGAGGCUGAACAGGCUAAGAAAGAGGCUGAACGGGCUGAGAAAGAGGCUGAACAGGCUGAGAAAGAGGCUGAACAGGCUGAGAAAGAGGCGCAGGCUGAGCAGAAACUUGGGGCUGAGGAAGCGGCGCAGGCUAAACACGAAGUGCCGCAGAAGGUUCUGGGCGAUGCAUAUGCAAGUUGCAGCUUUUUAAGUAUGCCGUCCUUCUGGGGUUGCUCGACUCCUCCCUCGGACCUGCAGGCCGAGAUCCGUGCGCCAAGUAGUAGGGAACAAGCGUCUUCUAGCAACGAACGCGUUCUGAUGUCAUUGUAAGAAAU